UCUGUCAUAAAAAUAUCUAUGCUCGGGCAGUCGUCGUUGGUGAUAUCCGUAGUAAAAUAAAUGAAGGUGCUCUAAGUGUUGAUUUUAUGAAAAAAACUGUAGGAUAAACAUAUUUAAAUAAUGAUCUUGUUGGAGAUCAAUAAUAGAAUUAUAGAAGAAACGUUAACAGUUAAAUAUAAAAAUGCACUGGCGCGAUUAAAGCCUGAGUCAAUAGAUGUGAAACUAGCAGAUUUUGAUGGGGUUCUGUUUCAUAUAUCCAAUGUCAAUGGAGAUAAAACCAAAGUUAGGGUUAGUAUAUCACUCAAAUUCUAUAAGCAGUUAGAGGAACAUGGUGCAGAUGAGCUUCUCAAACGAGUCUACGGACCCCUGCUCACAGAGACAGAGUCGGGCUACAAUGUCUCCGUGCUGCUUGACAUGGAGACUGUCCCUGACGACUGGGAGGACAUCGUGAAGCGAGUGGGCCUGCUGAAGAGGAACUGCUUCGCGUCCGUGUUCGAACGCUACUUCCGGCUGCAGGAGGACGGGGACGUGGGUCACAAGCGGGCCGUUAUCAACUACCGCCAGGAUGAGACACUAUACGUGGAGGCCCAAGAGGACCGGGUGACGGUGGUUUUCUCGACGGUGUUCCGGCACGAGGACGACAUGGUGAUCGGCAAGGUGUUCAUGCAGGAGCUGAAGGAGGGCCGGAGAGCUUCGCACACUGCGCCACAGGUGUUAUUUUCACAUAAGGAACCACCGCUAGAGCUAGUCGACACCGAUGCUAAAGUAGGCGAAAAUAUCAGCUACGUCACAUUUGUACUGUUCCCGCGGCAUACGUGCGCGGCGGCGCGCGACAACACCAUCGACCUGCUGCACAUGUUCCGCGACUACCUGCACUACCACAUCAAGUGCUCCAAGGUGUACGUGCACUCGCGCAUGCGCGCCAAGGCGGGCGAACUCCUCAAGGUGCUGAACCGCGCGCGCCCGCAGAACAACGCCCGACCCACCGAGCGGAAGACGAUCACGGGUAGAACUUUUGUGCGGCGAGAUUGAGUGUUGCGUGUCGGCGAGUCGUAGCGCCGAAGCCCGCCGGCUGAUCUCCAGUAACCCGCUGGCUGCACAGGGAUGUCUUACCCCCGUCGUAAAAUUUUACGUUCGAGGUACUUUUUACCCCACUCUACUAACCCUAUUUAUGUUCGACGAGUAUUUUACGUCACUUUCAAAUUUGGAAUUAUGUUAUUCGAAAUUCAAAUAUGGUAUAGUCGAGGAUAUGUACAACUUCUAAAGCGUGAACGUGAUAUAUUCGAUUAAAAAUAAAGUCCACAUUUGUUGUGUUAUAGGUAUUUCAUCCUUGUGUAAAUAAAUAACGCAUUUCCACGUUUAGUUUACGGGUUACGUCAGAUAAGUGUUGGUCUUGUUGAAUUUGAAAAUGUAAAAUCGAGAGAUGUACAGAAGCUUUAUUCGGGUUGCGUCAUACAACUAGUGGACUUGUAUUUAUUCCUCAUGAAAGUGUUAUGUAAUGGAUUACAUAUUUAUUUAAUCUGUCACAACCAUUAAUAUUGUGUUGCCAUUAAUACUUAUAUACCAUAUAACCUGGAUAUGUGUACCUAUUUGAAAGUUGGUACUGUAAAGUUAGAUUCAAAAGGUACACUCGCCAAAUUCCAAUGCUCACGAAUCAUAUCCAGGGGCCUGAUUCACAAUGCUUUCUUCGACUCUGAUUUAUCAACGUGUGACAGCCAAUAAGCGCGCUCGGGGCCCAGCGUUGACCAAUAACCGCGCGGUAAGUUUUCUAAUCCGAGUCGCACAGGCGUUGUGAAUCAAUGCGCAGGUCUUACAAAUACUGCCAAAUGUAAUGCUCAAGUGGGUGCGCUAACACUUGUCGAUGAUAAGUUUUACAAAAUGUCGACUCUCCAGCCUAAACAUGUCAAUAUAGUUGCAGUAGUUCUUGUUAUUACAAAAUUAUGCUUUAUUAUAUAGCUCUAUUUAUAGCGGAAGCACUGCAGUGACUUUGGUUCCUAAUCCUUCAUCUAUCCCGAGUUACUAGCGUUUAGUCCGUUGUGUUCGCUUCCUCGUUACAAACCUCAUAGGGUAAAUGUUAUACAUUGUAGCUUGUAAUUAUUUGUAUAUCACCGAGACGAGACAGGUAUCAUGCACAAACUUACGAAUUAUUCAACACACGUUGUACAGCCGACUUGACUUUACCGCGUAUAUGUUCUAGGUAGGUUCCAUUCAAUUGAUAAUGUUUAAGUAAUGUAUAUUACACACUAACUUCUAUAAGCAAACAGAUACAAAGUGAAGUGUAAUGGCCUUAUUUGUAAAGAAUGUCUCCGAUGAGUUCCAGGGUUGGCUCCUAUAGUUCGCUAGCUUAGAUCACGUCAGUGCAAUAAAAGUUACAUAUAAAACUUAAAAAGUAAUCAUUUAAUCUAUUUAAAGUCUACAAUUUUAAACACCAAAACGAAAUUAUUUGUGCAACAUUUUUAGGUUUUGAUGUCAAUUUAAACCUUUUAUAAUUUUAAAGUAUUGAUCAAAAUAUUAGACCUCAUCGGGCUAGGGUUUCCAUAGCAGAUGAAAUAUAUGCGUGUUAUUAAUAUUAAGA